ACUCAUUGACAGUGGACUUCUUUUGCUGCUGGUCCGCCUUCAAGCUUUUUUAUCGCAUUUUUUGUGUCAUAAUUUACGCUACAUAAUACAUGUAGACGUCGUCUAUGACGUCAACGCGACAUGUCAACAGAUGCAGACACUGAACGCAAAUUUUGCAUAAAAAUGCGUACAUGGAAGUGGCGCGCGCGUGAGCAGUUUCGACGCAUUGUUCGAUGACGCCAUUGGCGCGUUUCCCAAACCAUUAAAAUAGCCACAGCUAUUUCACUGGAGAAAGUGAAAAACAACUAGAGAUAAUUUUCUUAUCUUUUGGUUCAAAGUAGUUCAAUAAUUCACUCUCGAACUGGAUGUUCUUGUUUGGAAUAAAAGUGGCCUGCUCCACUCGCGCUCUUGCGGUACGGAGGUCCGUCAUUGGUCCGUUGUUACUCGUCUUACUGUGUGAUGUCGUCCGUUGCGACGACCUGUCCACAACGUGUCCGAGAUACGGGCAGUUGCUGCAGGGCCACACGCUCCGUACCCACAGCGAGUGGUCGCCGCUCGCCUGUGCGGGAAUGUGCACCCAAUACGCAGACUGCCAGUCGUACAGCUUCUGCUCGGCCGAGGAGCAGUGCCAUCUGCACAACGCCACGGCGCUGCAAUACCCCGGAGACGUGGUUGAAUCGGAGAACUGCACACACUACAAGAUGACGCGGGAACCUCGAAGCACCCAGCACCAAUCAACUAGUAAAAAUGUAGCAUGUAACCCAUCCCCUUACGAGUUCCAGACGCCAGGCAGCCGUUUCAAAUACAAGUUCGUCUUUCCUCAGUUCAUCCCUGACCACGAGGUCUUCCUGAUGUUCUUCUCUGUACGCUGCGCAGGGAGUGGAUAUAUUGCCAUUGGGCCAGACUACAGACAAGUAUUUGGGAACUACUACACAAUAACGCUUGGACCGGGCACCAUGCCCCUGUUCUUUUUCAGAAAGAUGACGGGAUCAAGCUUGUCAACCUUGCAUUACUGUCAUCUCACCCCUCCGCUCAGUGACACACAGUACCACCACUACUGGCUGGCCUACGUACAGGGAAACAUCCUGAUGGGGAAACGUGGAAAGGCGCCUUUCCUCGACAAGAAAGACAGUUCUCUGUGGUUUACGCCCGUCUGGCCUGCCAUCGCUUCCGACAAAGGAUGCGAUUGGGUCUUCCACAGUAUGGCCAAUUUGCAACUGUGCAAAGUUUGCAGUGGAUCCUAAUUAUCUGACCUUCACCCUAACUCCCCGGGCAUUUUUGCUACUAAGAUGCAACCUCAAUCCUGCCAAAUCCUCCAACUGAUUCCAUGUCAAAAUAGCAUACAGCCUCAAUCCUGCAAAAU